AUGAGAUUAUUCAAUUUCCUUCUCUUAUGGUCCUCGAUGCUAUUCACCCACGUUCUGGCAAAUAACGAGGCUGUCCCAUAUGAACUCCUGCACUUUUACUAUGUAUACAAGAUUGAAUGGGACUCUGGAGUCGACAAAACGAUCGCCGUGGGAUGCGCAGCUGAAUACGGCCACAUGUGUUAUUUUGACGAAUUCGCUAAGUUUCUCAUUGCGGACAAAUGGCGAAACGCGUACCGGCCAAGUGCCGCUGAUCAUACUCUAACCCCGGACACGUCUGCUGUGACUAGGUUGUUGAGUGGCAUCCCCAAGUCUGCCCGGUACAAGCUAGGAAUGCUGCUUCCCUAUAUCACCGUCGAAGACAAGUCAUACCCCCGGGUUUUCGAAGAGGUCCUUCGUGCCGCGAAUCAUGCUCUGGACAAAGGGGACGUAGACAAGGACGAUCUACAACAGGCGCUGGCAAUGGCCCAGAAAGCCAUAGCUGCCCGAUCCCAAGACGUCUUUCGGAUCCAACAGGACUCCCUCCUGAACCGGAUCGGGGCAGCCACCAACAAGUUUGUCCAUGUAACCGCGUCGGGGUUUCUUUGGUAUGACACCCUCCGCGCGAUCGACCAGGCGGUUCGAGAUCGUAAACUCACUUCUGUGGAAGGAAACAGAGCCAAAGAGACGAUCCGACAGUUCUCUUUGACUUAUCAACAUGACAUCCUCCACGGCGACCCAUCCAAUAUCGUGAGGUCGCUCGCAACUUCGAUUACCAGCAUGACCCGGGCAAUUGAAGAGAGAUUCCCCUCGAGUGACGCCUCCUCGCCCCGCGCGCCAUCUCCCGAGUGUGCCGACGAGUUCUUUUUCUCUAGCUCGCCCUCGUCCUCGGAAUCCGACUAA